UCUUCACAUUGCCUGCUUUCACUUGCCAGCUAACGUCCCGUGUCUUCCAAUCCACCAACAUGAUGAUCACCAGCUUGUCCUCCGAUGUUGUGACAAACCUCAAUCUUGGGAGGGCCAACAUUGCAGUGUUUGUGAGUAUAAAUCUAAUGGGCUGUUUUACACUUGUACAGAGUGCGAGUUCAAAGUAGAUAUCAAGUGCGCUUGUAUGCCGGAUACCAUACUUCACGCAGAUCACCCGCAACAUCUCCUCAACUAUGUGAUCAAGUCGGAUCUAGACAGAGAUGUCUACUCAUGGCACUUGACGUGUGCUGCUAGUUGUUACGGCUUCAUAAGUCGUUACGAUUGUUAUAGGUGCAGCAACAGCUCAUGUGAUUUCAUUGUGCACCUUAAAUGCGUUGUGCUGCCGGCAUCAGUCAGCAGCCGUAGAUGGGACGAGCACCACCCGUUGCUGUUGACGUACGACGCCACUCUCAACCGUCCUGGCGAUUUCUACUGCGAUCAAUGCGAAACACAAAUGAAUCCCAGGAGCUGGAUGUAUCACUGUCGCGCCUGCGAUAUAUCCUUCCAUCCCAAAUGCCAUAAAACUACAUCCGGAAUGUAUAGAAACAUGAAGUUGGGGCAAGAAUAUUAUGUGAAUGCUACAACCCAUCCACACCCUCUCACCUUUCAACUUCUCACCACAAAACGCCGUUGCGACCUUUGUGGUGGUAAUAUAUAUGAAUGUGAAGGAUUUCACUGUGCAUUAUGCAACUUCUUCAUUUGUUACUCUUUCUGCGGGAAAGACAUGAUCGCAAAAGGGGACUUGAAGGCAGUUGAUUUAGAGAAAUUAUCUGUUUUAGAUCAUUAGUUCGUUCAUUACCAUGUAUUCUUAUGUUUGUGGUGUGCUAUAUUUAAUUCAAUAAAAGUACUACUAUAUGUUUUACAUUAAAUAUGAAUGUGAAGGAUUUUCAUUUUACUAUGUAGACAGAGCUACUUCAAAGUAGAUAAUAUCAAGUGCGCUUGUAAACAUGAAAUGUUUAUUUUCAUUCAAGAAUCUGUGUUUUUUAUGUAUAGUUAGUUGGGCCUGAAUCCCAGAACUUAUUCUAU